AUGCCAGGUUCCGGCCACUCUAGAGCUGCAGCCAGAGGUGACAGAGGUGGGAGGAUGUCACCCGUGGCAGCGGUCAUUCCCGAUGAGCCGGUUGAGGCUGCCUUUCCCAGCCAGCCCGCCCAGGCUGCAGCGGUCAUUCCCGAAGAGCCGGUUGAGGCUGCCUUUCCCAGCCAGCCCGCCCAGGCUGCAGCUGUCAUUCCUGAUGAGCCGGUUGAGGCUGCCUUUCCCAGCCAGCCCGCCCAGGCUGCAGCUGUCAUUCCUGAUGAGCCGGUUGAGGCUGCCUUUCCCAGCCAGGCCAAUGGCUCUUCCCACCUUGAGGCUGAAGCACACGCAGGCUUUGACAGUGCACAGGUCUUUGCCGCGGAGGUGGAAGAGGUCAGAGGUGAGUACGAAGCCCGUCUAAUGGGCGCUGCCCAGCAGAUUGGUCACUUACAGGGACGGAUUGAGGAGCUGGAGACAGAGGUCGCCAACGCGAACGCUUUUGUGCAGCAGCUCACGGCGAAGAUGGCCAGUAGCAGUCAGCAGCUGACACAGCAGCUCCAGCCCGGGAACCCGGAAUUUUCCGGGACCAUCAGUUGA